AUCAGACCUUUCUACUUAUCAAGCUAAGUUUUCAGUAAAAUGGUUCUUUUUACUAUUUCAUUCACUAGCGUACGAGAAUAAGAGCAUAUAAAUUUAUUAAAAUGAAAUUAGAGGAAUAUAUUGAUAAAAAAUUCAUCUGAAACAUAUGACAACUUUAGUUAGAUAGUUUCUCUAUGCGCGCAACGCGUAAUGUCUAGGGUUAUGUUUCUGUAUGUGUUAGAGUACACAUUAGUGCUAUGUGUAUUUGAUACUAAUUAUAUAUGUAAAUUGAAAGACAGGAAAUUGUAUUAAAUUGUAUAGUUUUAUGCAUUGUUUUUCGUUGUAUUAAAUAUGUAGAAGUUAUUAUGUUAUGGAACUUAUAAAGUCGUUAAAUAGUUGUGUAUUUUUGUUAUUGAACACAACGAUAAAUGUGAAAACUCGUAAUAUAUAUAUCAGUUUGUGUUAAAUGUAAAAAGGAGUGUGCUGGCUAAUUAUCGUUUGCUGUUAAUAAAAUCUCUAACUUGAAUUACAUUUUCUUAACAUAUGUACUUGUUAGCUGAGAUAGUAUAAUUAUCAGUUAAUAUACAAAACAGUAAAAAAAAAUGUCAUUUGUGAAUGAUGUUAAUAUUUACAAAAAAAUGAUUUCUCAAGAGAUCAUACAAAAACCAUGUACUAUAAAUGAAACUUCAGCAGAAUUUAUGGUUCUACCCAAAUGUGAACACUCGGAAGAAACAUUGAUUGUUGGUGAAGAAAUAAUUGUAGAUGAAAACAUAGAUAUUAAUCAAAUGUCAGAGGAAGUAAUUUGUAAACAGAAAGAUACUUCUGAAUAUUUUGAAGAAAGUAUGAAUACAACAAUGUCUGUUGAAUAUGCGGAAGAUGCUAUAUCAUUAUCUGAAGAAAAUACACCUAGGCAAAAAUGGCUUUCAAAUGAUGUCAGUAAGGAAGAAUUGUUGCUUUCAGAAUCAGAGGGAAGUGAAGCAGAAACAUAUAAUAAAGUAAUAAUUGAUGAUCAAGAUGGAGAUGAGGAAACAAUAGCUACAUUUGUAACUGCCGCUGGUCAACAAUUAGCAUUAUAUGCGGUUGAAGAUUCAGAUGAAAUUUUUGCUGUAGCAGUUUAUGAUGAAUCUGGUGAACCACCAACAAAUUUUCAAUUUCUCAUGAAAUCAGACGUUGAAAGAUUAAUAGGUGAAGGCGCAGUUAGAACUGUUAAAAAACCAACACAGAUAAAAAGACAAUUACUGACUACUGAGUCACCAAUAUUUUUUCCUAAAAAUGAACCAAUAAAUGAUAUGUCAAUGGAUAAUGAAAAUAAAAUCAUAUCAAAUGAAAAUGAAAGGAUACAAGAAAAAGAAUAUAUAUUGGAAGAAAAUUCAAAUUUAAUGAAACAUUCUAAUUUAAAUUUAGGUACAAAACGAGUUUCUAAUAUUAUAUAUGCAACAGAUGAAAAACAACCAGAUGUAACAUAUUUAAUGAUGGAUGAUUGUUCUGCAAAUAUGGAUAAUUCUGAAGAAUAUCAGGAAGAUGAUAAAAGUGAUAGUGAACUUGUAGAACAAUCAACUGUGCAAUACAUCUUAUUCGAAGGUGAUCAAUCUGAUUCUGAACUAACAUUCGAUGAAAUUCACAAGACUCUUCAAAAUUUGAAAGCAAAUGCAGCAAAAAAGCAAAUGAAUAAAAAGAUCAUUAAUAGAGAUCAAAAUAAUUUUGGAAAUCUCAAAGAAACGGAGUAUGAAACUUCAGUGUACCAAAAUUCUAAUGUGUCUAAUAAGAUGUCUAAUAGUUUAACAAAGAGAAAAUUCAAUCUGUUAGAUAGUCAACAGGAAUUAUUGGAGACAUUAGCAAAUUCAUCAGCAGAUUUAAUGCCAAGUAGUACAAAUUUAGAUAUAUCAAAUGGUUCAAUUGAAUAUACAUCACCUGAGUCGUCACAAAUACAGUACAAAACUAAGCGAUCCCGGAAACAACAAUUAAUUUCUGUAAAUCGCGAAGAUUCCGAAAUUAUUAUACAACCAGCAUCUCUUCUAACUGAAGAAGACAAUAAUGUUAGGAAAAGAGUAAGACGAAAUAAAAGAGUAGCUCAUUCUAGAUAUCGUCAAAGAAAUACAGACUCGAAAAGAAUAAAAAAGGUCAAGCGAAAAGAAGUUGAAAUUAUUGAAAUUGAUAUUGAUGAAGAAGAAAGUAUCCUGCAGUCAGAACGGGAUGUUGUUGAAAUAACUAUAGAUGAUAGUAAAGAUAAAUAUUCUAGCGAUAAAGAAAAUGAAAUUAUAAUGGUUGGAGAUUCCGAUGACGAAUCACAACAAUCGAAUUCAAAAGCAAUUUUAUUGCAAUGUCAACAUUGUUUAAGAAAUUUUAGACAACAAAGAGCUCUAGAAACUCAUUUGCGAGUUUGUUCGAAAUCACCCUCUAAUACAAUACGGUUUAAUGAACAAAAAUUGAAACAUGCAAAUGGAACGACUGAAGAUACUGUUAAAAAACAAUACGCUUGUAAAAUAUGUCAACAAAAAUUCGAUGUAGUGGUAGCGUUAGCCCGUCAUGUACGUUCAGAACAUUCUCAAAGAAAAAAACGUAGAUUUAGUAAACUAUCAGUUGAACGACCAUCCAUAGAAAUUAAAGAAAAGAAGGAACACAUUGAGCCAAAAAAACAGACUAUAAUUAAAAAGAUUAAAAGAAAAAGAAAUCAAAGACCAAGAUGCACCUGGGAGGUAAAAAAAUUAAGUUGUUCUGAUUGUGGAAGGUGGUUUCCCAGUGCUGCUUUAUUAAGAGCACAUUGUUUACAACAUGGAACAAAAAAAUCUGAACAACAAAUACGCAGAUGUCAGAUAUGUAAGAAAUUAAUUAGAUCUAGAUUACUUUUUGUACAACAUUUGAAGAAACAUAGAAAUUUACAAAAAAAUAUAAAAUCUGUACCAAAUAUUCAAAAGAAGUUACACACAACUAGGUCAGUGACAAGUAAAAUUACUACACUCAGAAAGCGGGGACGUUCGCGAAAACUUUGAUCUCUUCAAAUAUCAACGCAUGAAAUUUAUAGAAAUUGGUGAUAUAUGACAGAUAUUGUUGCUAUUUCUUCUAAUGUGAAAUAUGUAUAAUAAUAUGUUCAUACUUCCAAUAAAAGUUGGAAAUAUUUAUAUGUUCA